CACCACACUCCGACCAGAACAAGAAGUCCCAGGUUUAGCUAAAACGCAGCGUUUCGAGACGCACAUACAGAAAUCCUAAGCUUUUUUGUACCAGAGAAAGAGAGAGAGACACAGAAAGAGAGAUACAGAGUGAAACAGAGGCAUGGGCGUCGAUUACUACAAGGUUCUUCAGGUAGAAAGAAGUGCCAAAGACGAUGACUUGAAGAAAGCGUACCGAAAGCUCGCCAUGAAGUGGCACCCUGACAAAAACCCUAACAACAAGAAAGCCGCCGAGGCCAAAUUCAAGCAAAUCUCUGAAGCCUACGACGUUUUGAGUGAUCCCCAAAAGCGAGCAGUGUACGAUCAAUAUGGUGAGGAGGGUUUGAAGGGAGGGGUGCCGCCGCCUGAUUCGUCCUGGUCGGGCGGGCAAGGCCAAGGCCAAGAUGGCGGUCCGACGAUGUUCCGGUUCAACACCAGGAGCCCCGAUGAUAUUUUCUCUGAAUUUUUCGGGUUUUCGGGUUUCGGGGGAAUGCCCGAUAUGGGCGGGUCACGGGCAGGCGGGUCUCGGGCUGGUGGGAACCCAUUCCCGAGGAGUAUGUUUGGGGAAGACAUAUUCGCGCAAUUUAGAGGUGGAGCAGAGGCCUCAGGGAAUGUGCCCAGGAAAGCUGCACCGAUAGAGAGGACAUUGCCUUGUACUUUGGAGGACUUGUACAAGGGCACCACCAAAAAGAUGAAGAUUUCUAGGGAUGUUCCUGAUGCUAGUGGGAGAACUACCACAGUGGAGGAAAUUCUAACAAUUGAGAUCAAGCCAGGUUGGAAGAAAGGCACAAAAAUCACUUUUCCAGAGAAAGGGAAUGAACAGAGAGGAAUUGUACCAGCAGACCUUGUCUUUAUCAUUGAUGAGAAGCCUCAUAGUCUUUUCAAGAGGGAUGGGAAUGAUCUUAUUGUCACUCAGAAGAUAUCUCUUGCGGAAGCUCUGACAGGUCACACUGCACAGCUGACAACACUUGACGGGAGAAGUCUGACAGUUCUCAUCAAUUCUAUUAUCAGUCCCACAUAUGAAGAAGUGGUCAAAGGGGAGGGGAUGCCUAUCCCGAAGGAACCUUCCAAAAAGGGAAACUUGAGAAUCAAGUUUAACAUCAAGUUCCCUACCAAGCUUACCUCAGAGCAGAAAACUGGCAUCAAACGGUUAUUAACAUCUUCAUAGAGGCUGGUGGUAGCUCGCCCUACCAUCUACCAAACCUGUGAAAGCUUGCAUUUGUUUGGUUUGCUAGUGUUUUUGUUCUUUUUGUUUUCUGGAUUGGAAAUUCACGCCUCGUUGAAUUUGGGGAUUUGAUCACAGCAUUUGACUAGGAGGUUGUUAAUUUCCACAUUCCAUUUCUCUUCUUUUCCAAUCUUUUCUUAACUUAUGUAGAAAUGCUGGAUAGACGAAAUUAUUGACACUUGAAAUUUGUAAACUAUUUGUUAACC